AUGGCCGCUCGGCACUCGCGCAAACUCUUGAGACCUCUCCUUUACACAUCCGCGGCCGCCGCCGCAGGAGCAGGUGUUCUCUACAUUUCUUACCGUCCGCGAAAUAUUCCGGGCCUCGAAGCCCCCGCCGUUCCCCCGCCAGGUUACCGUGAAGGCAAAUUGGUCCCACCCAGUUUCCCCUCAAUCAAGUCUCGCCUCGAGCAGAUUGAGGACCUUAAGCGCAGUAACGACGAGGAGGAAUAUGAUCUGCUUAUCAUUGGUGGUGGAGCUACUGGAGCCGGUAUCGCACUAGAUGCCGCCACCCGAGGCCUGAAGGUCGCGGUGGUGGAGAGAGAUGAUUUCAGUUCCGGAACCAGUAGUAAGAGUACCAAGCUGGUACACGGUGGUGUCCGUUACCUGGAAAAGGCUGUUUGGGAGUUGGAUUACAACCAGUAUGCGCUAGUUAAGGAGGCUCUCAGAGAGCGCAAGUACUUCCUGAACACAGCUCCCCAUCUGUCAUCAUGGCUGCCAAUUAUGGUGCCUGUUCAGAAAUGGUGGCAGGCUCCCUAUUUCUGGGCUGGUACCAAGGCCUAUGACUUCUUGGCUGGUUCCGAGGGCAUUGAGACCUCGUACUUCCUGACCAAGAGUAAGGCCAUUGACGCAUUCCCCAUGUUGAAGCGUGACAACAUCAUUGGAGCAAUGGUGUACUAUGAUGGUGCACACAACGACUCCCGCAUGAACGUCUCCCUCGCCAUGACCGCUGCGCUCUACGGUACCACCGUGGUGAACCACUUGGAGGUCACCGGACUGAACAAGGAUGCCAACGGCAAGCUGUGCGGUGCGCGCGCCAAGGACAUCGUCACAGAGAAGGAUGGCCAGGUCGCCAAGGAGUUCAACAUUCGCGCCAAGGGUAUCAUCAACGCCACUGGUCCCUUCUCGGAUUCUAUCCGCAAGAUGGAUGAGCCUAAUGUCAAGGAGAUUGUGGCCCCUAGUGCUGGUGUUCACAUCAUCCUGCCUGGUUACUUCAGUCCCUCAAACAUGGGUCUCAUUGACCCUUCCACAUCGGAUGGACGUGUGAUCUUCUUCCUGCCAUGGCAGGGUAACACCAUCGCUGGUACCACCGACCAGCCCUGUGAGAUUGAGGCCCAGCCUCAGCCCACUGAGAAGGACAUCAACUGGAUCCUUUCGGAGAUUCGUGGCUACAUCGCCCCCGAUAUCACCGUGGACCGAAGCGAUGUUCUUGCUGCCUGGUCUGGUAUCCGUCCCUUGGUGCGCGAUCCCAAGGUGAAGAACUCGGAGGCUCUCGUCCGCAACCACUUGGUGACUGUCUCUCAGUCUGGACUGUUGACUUGCGCCGGUGGUAAGUGGACUACUUACCGCCAGAUGGCCGAGGAGGCCGUGGAUGAGGCGGUCAAAGUGUUCAAGCUCAAGCCCCGCCAGCUCACCAGUCUUCCUGACAUCAGUGGUGUCGGCGGCAGUGGUUUGGUUGCUGACGGUGCCGUUCUCGACGGUAGCUGCCAGACCCACCAGGUGCGCCUGAUCGGUGCCCACGGUUUCUCCAAGACUCUCUUCAUCAACCUUAUCCAGCACUUCGGUCUCGAGACCGACGUGGCCAAGCACCUCACUGAGUCGUACGGUGACCGCGCAUGGCAGGUCGCUGCUUUGUCUUCCCCUACUAGCGAACGUUUCCCCGUGCGCGGCUGCCGCAUCUCCCCCAUGUACCCCUUCAUCGAUGGUGAGGUCCGCUACGCCGUCCGUCACGAGUAUGCCCAGACUGCUGUCGAUGUGAUUGCCCGUCGCACCCGUCUUGCUUUCCUGAACGCCGAGGCCGCUCUCGAGGCCCUCCCCACCGUGAUUGACAUGAUGGGUGAGGAGUUGAAGUGGACCACUGCCCGCAAGGACCUCGAGUGGAAGGAUUCCUUGACUUACCUUUCGUCCAUGGGUCUGCCUAAGAGCUUCAUGGGCCUUUCCCGUCAUGAGGUCCAGAACGGCCGUGUUAAGCAAGUCGAUGAUGCCGAGCGUGCGACUUUCUCUCGUAAUGAACCUCCUGCGGACAUGAUUGAGAGCGACGUGCGUGCUACUACUGCAGCUCCUGCAGCAACAACACCCUCGCUCAACUAG